AUACCAGGAAGUCUUCUGCUGAGAAUUUCUGAUGCAGCCUGUCGGUGCCCCCGCCCUCGAACGUUGGAGGAGAGGAGUCUGUGUGGCAGGCAGUGGAGUCCAGAGCUGAAGUCCUGCUUGUUCUCGUCGGUUUCCCCUCACUCUCCUCCAGGUAAGUGGAGAGAGUCGAAAGGAACGAAUUGGGACGUGGACACGGAGUGUCUGAUCCUGGAGGCCGAGGCCCGGGAGAGGCAGGAACUGGACGAGGAGAGGAGACAUGAAAGAUUCAGCAGUCCCAGAGCUAACUUGGAGAGCCUGGCUGACCUGGAAACGUUGGUUGAAGACAAGAGAGAAAAGCGACUGAAACGCAGAGUCCCCGCCAGGGCACCCGAGCCUGAGGUCAAGCCGCAGCCCCUGGCCCAGCUGGAGCCCGUGGACCUGGAAUUCCUGCAGGCAGCUGCUGAGAACCAGGAGGCCCUGACUGACAAGUACCUGACAGAUGGAGGGGACCCCAGUGCCCACGACAAGGUAGCGAGGCACGCCAGCUCCACCGCACGGCCUGGCACUGGGCCUGUCCGAAGGGUCACAGCCAGCUCGUGAACAAGCUGCUGGAGGCGGGUGCCACCGUGGACGCUCAGGACUUGCCGGACAGGACCCCUGUGUUCUGGGCCUGCCGCGGAGGGCACCUGGACAUCCUCAAACAGCUGCUUAACCGGGGUGCCCGGGUCAAUGCCCGGGACCAGGGGAGGGCACAGGCUGCAGGGCGGCCCGAUGCUCUUCCUGG